AUGAAAAGCAAAAUACCAUUAAUUGUUGCUUCUCUAUCAUAAGAUGUAUAUAGGAAGAGUCAAUAGCUUUAUAAAAAGUAUAUAGAAAAUCUUGAAAGCUUGCUUAAUGGAGAUGAUAGUGAUGGGGAAAUGACUGCCAAAGGAGCAUGUGAGAUAAUUAGAAAAAUAAAAGGCAAUAAAGAUAUGGAAUCUAAGAUUGAAAGAUUGUAAACCUAAAUCAGGAAAGUCAUUUAUGACUUUGAUAUACUGAAUGAUGACUUAUUGUAGCUCAAUUAGGAAUUUCCAAUGAAUAAUAUCCUUGAUGACGACUCAUAGGACAACUUAUUCUAAAACUUUGAUAUGCCACCAUUGAGAGUAGAUAACUUUUUGAAAAUUCCUGAUAAGGAUAUAGUCCAAUCUUAGGUGCACGAGAAAAAUGGCAACAAUUUUGAAGAAGUUAAGUCUUGUGAUAAUAUAUGGAAGAAUUAUUAUCAAAAUAUACCGUAAUAGAAUUAAUAAAAUCUUUCAAUGCCAUCUCUAUUGCCAAGUUUACUCCCAGCAAAUCUCGAUCUGGCAUUUAAAGCUUAAAGCGCAGUUGAAGAGAUUAGACAAUAGAAUGACUUAAAAGGAUUUCCUAGAAUAAACGAUGAUAGAGAAAAUGGCCAAAAUAGGAGACUAUCAUCAUCAAACUCAACAAUGUAUAAUAAUUCUGUCGUAAAUCAUAAUAUAACUGGCAAAAGAAGUUAUGCAUAAGAUAAUGAUCAUGUUGAAGACUAGUUUGAGUAUGAUCGAAACCCAGAAAGAAGUUACAAGAAGGACAGAAUAAAAGAUAAAAAACAUCGGACUUGCCCUCGCUUAAAUAAAUUUAGAGCUAAAAGUAACCAAGUCUUGACAGGCGAUCUUCUUGAGAAUUUUAAGAUGAUGAAAGGCACAAUAAUUUUGCAGUUCCUAAUUUUAGUAGGACUAACUCUGUAGUAGGAAGAGGAAGCUCUUAUCAUUCUUAAGCAAUUUAGAAAAAAUUCUAAAUGUAAAUUAGGUAAAACAACUCAUAAAGCAAACUCUAGUUUGAAACCCCUUUACAAGAGUAAACUCUAGCAUCAAGGCGCUCCAAUCACGAACAUUAUUUAAACGUCUGGAGGGAAUUCAGUUGGGAAUAGCGAAAUUAUUGAUUUUUUGUAUAUGCAAAAAGGGGAAUAGGAUAUUAUUUAUGUUCUGGAUAAAAAUAAUGUAUAUUCUCUUAACCCGUUAACACUGGCUACAUUGUCGAUUUUAACUAUUCCUGAUUUCAAAUAAUUUACUUGCUUUACAAGCAGGUUCAGCAAAGGUGACUAGCCGACAAUUAAAUUGUAUAUUGGAGAUGAUUAUGGGCAAGUAAAUGAAUUUGACACAGUUUCAAAAUAAAUAAAAAAUACUCACAGGAUAUUUAAUGGUAGAUAAACUAGGUUGAUAAAUUAGAUUGUUUACAUACAAGAUGAAAAUGUCCCACAUUACUUUGUGGUAUCAAAGAAGAACAAUUAAAAAAUAGCUAUUUUAAAUGAGUAUGACAGACAAGAUCCAAUUAAGAAAUUCAAAUUUAUUAAUAACAUCAUCAAAAUAGGAGUAAAUUAGUGUAUAACAAACGGAAUUAAAUCAUCGUAAUGGUAUCUUAUGGUAAUGACUGAAAAGCAUUUUUAGAUUGUAGAUUAUCUCUACUUGACCUUGUCUUAAGAGAAUGGAUUUUAUAAAGAGGCAUAUUACAAAGGUAUCAAGAUUGGUUAUGAUGAAACUGUUCAUCUAAUUGCAGUUAAUGGAAGUAAAAGAAAUGUGAUUGUGACAGGCACUAAAGACAAAUAUGUCUACACUUUAGACAAUCCUGAGUAAGCUAAACCAUAAGCAAGAAGACGCAAAUGA